CGUUUGUCUACCUAAACAACCAAUCAGAUGACUGCGCUUGUCUAUAAUAAUGUAGUUGAAAGAUGUAUAAAUACGUGUUGAUUUUCAUAAUAAAACGAUCUGUUGCCUGGCCCUUGUCUUCUGUUGUUACAUUUGGUGUCGCUGCCUACCGACAAAUGAAAAGCCUAUACCCUGCAGUUUUUGAUGGAGACAUAUGGAUCUUCGGGCAGGACUUCAAGGCUUCUGCGCAGUUGAGAGGCGUUCAAGAUCUGUCAGCGAUGGAGCUGCUACUUGAGACGCUGCUGGGAGGUCGGGCGAAAGCAGCAUAUGAAGGUGUGGGCCGAAGUAUGGACGAAUGUUCGACAGGGUCAGGCAAACAGUUUCCAAAGUGGGAAGGACCAUAUAUGGUCACUUCGAGAUGGGGUUACGCAGACACAGUCGCAAUGGCGAACAAUGAGAGGCGCGUGAACGUCAGCGAGCUCCAGAAAUGGAUACAGCGAGACAAGCCAACGAUGACGCCUGCACCAAGUAGAUCAAGCCGACUUCAGUCGCACGUAUUUGACGGGGGGACGAGUGUGGUGAGAGCAGGCUGCUAGCCGAUUGGUUGGCACUAAUCUACGUUAAGGUCUAGGUCACUAAUAUGGGCCGUGAGAAAAUAUGAACAAGCCUGAGUCAACAACCAAUCACAGCAAAGUUAACGUGGCAGAAUAUGAUUCGCAGAGAGAACUCUAUUUGUCAAGGAAUCCCGAAACAACCAAUCAGAAGCCUGCGUUUGUCUACCUAAACAACCAAUCAGAUGACUGCGCUUGUCUAUAAUAAUGUAGU